AUGGAACUUAACUUCUUGUGGCACAAGUGUAGCCAGCUCCGAAUGCAGCGAAGAGCUCUUCUCUUCGGUCUCUGUUGGUGACCAGGAUGAUUGUUUCUCUCUCUUGGAUGAUCAGGAAUUGACAUCUUUUGACCUGUUCCCUGAGGGCAGUGUCUGCAGUGACGUCUCUUCCUCCAUUAGCACGUACUGGGACUGGUCGGAUAGUGAGUUUGAAUGGCAGCUGCCUGGUAGUGACAUUGCAAGUGGAAGUGAUGUGCUUUCCGACAUCAUUCCCAGUAUUCCAAGCUCCCCUUGUCUGCUUCCGAAAAAGAAAAACAAGCACCGGAAUCUUGAUGAACUUCCAUGGAGUGCAAUGACCAAUGAUGAGCAGGUGGAAUAUAUUGAAUAUCUGAGUCGGAAAGUCAGUAUGGAGAUGGGACUUCGAGAGCAGCUUGAUAUUAUUAAAAUUAUUGAUCCCACUGCUCAGAUUUCACCAACAGACAAUGAAUUCAUUAUCGAAUUGAACUGUCUCACUGAUGAAAAGCUGAAACAGGUCAGAAAUUACAUCAAGGAGCACGGCCCUCGGCAGCGUUCCACAAGGGAGGCCUGGAAGCGGAGCAACUACAGCGGUGGGAGUGCCAGUGGAGUGAGCGGAGCCAGCACCAGCAGCGGCAGUUGCGCCAGCAUGGUCAGCUCAGGAAGCAGCAGCAGUUCGAGCAUUGGGAACUCGGGUUCAAACUCCAGCGCCAACCUGAGUCGGGCUCAUAGUGAGAAUAAUUUAUCUACGAGUGCUGCAGAACGCAUCCGGGAUUCAAAAAAACGCUCCAAGCAGCGCAAACUUCAGCAGAAGGCUUUGCGCAAGAGGCAGCUGAAAGAGCAGCGACAGGCACGGAAGGAGCGGCUAAGCGGCUUGUUCCUCAAUGAAGAGGUUUUGUCUUUAAAAGUGACUGAGGAGGACCACGAGGGAGACGUAGAUGUCUUGAUGUGAGACGGGAAUGUCGUGAUCAGUGUUCUUUCUAAGCCUUAAGCUUACUCUAUUGUUUACAUACACUUCUACCAAAACGUUGAUUGAAUCAGGACUAGCUAUCCUCCUCCUUACAUCACUUACCUGUGAUUAACUGAUUUUGGUUUUUUGGCUUUUUUUCCCCCACAAGUUGUAGGAAAUCAGGAAAUGUUCUUUAAAAAUAUCUAGGCUAGAGUAUUUUGCUUUCAGAUCAACUCACCAGUAAAAAAGCUGCAUUUCCUUCUUUAAUUCCAUUAAAAUUAUGGAAAGAAAAUCCUUGAACUUAAAUUUGAAAGUAUUUUCCUCUGUCUUCCCACUAUGUAAGUUAAACCAUUAAGGACUAUGGUCUGUAAAAACAAUAAUACACUUUGCCAGGACUUAUUCUUCUUUGCUAACUGCAGUUGUAUCAAAGCCUAAACUUUAUACGUUAGGUUUCCUGAAAUUACCACUGUAAUUUCAUUUAAUGUGGGGCUUGGGAACUGUGUGACUUACCACUGUGUGACAAGGCUGUUCUGGUGAUCCUCUUGGUGGUUUUAAACCUGUGUUUUUUUCUCCCUGCCUUCAACUGCGAAGCGAGGGAGUUGGUCACAAUAAUCCUUUAAAUGUAGGGCUUUGCAAGGCAGGCAUUUGGUCUCAAGCAGUGGACAACAAUAGAAUGAAAUGCUUAUUGACGAAUACAUAUUGCUUUUUUCCAAUGUAUGUUUCUUUCUCUGUUCCAAAUCCCCAUGGUGUCUUGUGCCUUAAAAUUAAUUUGAUUUUUUUGUUUGUUCAAUAUGGAAGUUUGGGGAAGAAAAUGGCAAAAAUAAAGAAGAUCAAAAUGCCCUGAAGUUCUUCAAAGCAUAGUUAAUUGGCUCAUCCUGCUUUUUGAAGAAACCAAAAGUGAGCCACUGUUGUAAGUAAAACAGAAUGUUUUUAUUGAAAACCACAUGUUACAAAUUCAGCUUAAGGGCUGGAUUGUUCUUUAGUUAAUAUUGAUAACUAACAUGGACAGAAGUGCCACAAGAUGAAGAAGCUGCUUAAGCAAAUGGGUUUGAAAGAAUGUUGCAAUCUUCUGUGGUAUUGCCUCAAAGUAAUUAAGCUUCCAUUAUUGUGCAGAAGGACUGAGAUGCAACACUAAUAAUUUGAUUUUAGAUGCACAAGCUUCAGAGUCACGCCAUGCAUUGCUCGCUUUCUGACAAACACCUUUCUCUGUUUUAAACUAACCACUUGUUUUUUCAUCUGAUUUGGAAUCUAGAGUGAUUAGACAAAGCUGUAGUUUGCCUGAACAUACUCAUUUCAAAAUGUAGUUUCUCAUCCCAGCAUUUUCAGAUAAACUGUAGUUAAGAAUAAGCUUUACUCCAGGUUUGCACGAAGCAGUAAUUUUUGAUGACUGUAAAACAGAAUGUGAAGCUUUCAGUUUUUUCCCUAUGGUGUAAGUAUUGAAACUGUAUGUUAACAUUCUAGCUGAACCAUAUUAGGGUAAUGUAUACAAUACUUGGAUAGAUGUCAAAAAUUUCCAGAUAUUUCAGAUUCACUAGAUUAUUUCUGUAAUCAAAGUUCUUCUUUGUUUCAAUUUUUAAUCCUGGAUUGUAGUUUUGGAGCAUAGCUGUAUUUAGUUAUGAUCACUUACUCUACUCAAGAACAGGAAAAUUAUUCUAAAGUGGCUCACAGAUCAUACUCUGUGAGUACUUUGAAUAAGGGGGAUUAAAAUUUUGUAACCAAUACUCAGUGUUGUAACAAACUUUGAAGAAGUGUGAUCCAUCUACAUUGUCUAGACCUUGAUUUCUGUGAUCACCCAAAACUUUCCAAUUGCUUUGAUUCUGCCCUCCCUGUGAUCUAAUUUUUCACGUGUGUGUAUGUGCAUUAAAGUAAUGAUCUAUUUAAAUUUUGACAUUGAUUCCCAGUUAAUAUCUGCUAAGAUAGUAUUAAAAAUUCAAGACUGUUUUGACUAAGCUGCAGUCAGAAGCCAUGUGUUUUUAGUUUUUUCAUAACUUUUUUUUAUAAAUUUAAAAGCAAUGUUAGAAUAUGGAAAGGAACCAUUUUGUAGCCUUCUGCCUGUGUUCUAUUUAUUGUGAGCUGUUUACAAGCUGCAUAAAUAUUUAAUAAAAUAACUUAAGUAAUUGAGAGAACAAGUAAUUAGCUUCUCUUGGAAAGCUUAGAAGGAGCACUGAAAACCUGAUUUUAAAAGAAUUGCUGUUCUGUUAGCUGAAUGUAACUAUAAAGACCUGUUUACAUUUUGUGUAUGUAUAUGUAUUCUGCUUCCUCACCAACUACAAAUGUUCUAAUAACCCAAGUAUUUGACUUUAACAAAGGAGAAAAGUUUGUGUAAAAAAGAUUGCCUAGAAUGCUUUCGUAGUUCUAACAGCUGAGAUAUUUUCUUGAUCUAGAGUAAAGACUUUACUCAUUUUAAUUUUGUUUGUUUUAUUUUUCUACAUGGUGGUGAAAUAAAGAGUUUCUAGAGAGAAAUUAUCUACAUCAAAUUGUAUAUAUGACUGUAAAUCCUUUUAAGGCUGUUGUAUCAUAGUUGUAGAAAAUCUUAUAGAACAUUAGCCAAAUGUCUUAAUACUAAAAGAAAUACUAAUUAGUUUGUGCUCUGUCUCUUCUUGACCCAUCCACACCUUCUCCCUUUGGAUCACUUCAGCAAUAGUUAACUCAUCAGUCAUUUUGAAGGUUAGUAACUCUCUUUGGUGGUCCAGCAGAUCAUGGUUUCUCGUGGCACUCUCUGUUCAGCCUGGCACACUUCACAUGUGUUAGGGUUCAGCUGCUAGAGGGAAUCUGACUGGGAAGGUAACUUUUCUUGUUCCCUCUUAAGUCAGUGUUUCUGUAUACUCUUGGUGUCUUGCAGGAAAUUUUAGGUGAUUCACAUGGCAACUUGGUCGAUCAGUUCAAAAGUGAUUAUUGUUAAAUAAAUCAGACCUAGAUCAUGAGCUUCGUACUGUGUGGGCAGGCAUAAAGGCAAAGGCAGAGAGCAAUGCAAGUGGUCUCAAAUGUGCGUUUUAUAAUAUGGUUGAGAGUUAAUGGUGUAUAAAAUGGAUGAAAAGAAAUGUGCACUUCAUAACCAAAGCAAAGAGAGUUUUUAACUUUGGCAAAGUUCCUUCAGAUGGAGACACACACACACAUAGUUCUUGAAUUACGACCAUUCGUUUAAUGACAGUUCAAA